AGCGAGCCUCUGGACUUCCAACCGCUCAGCAUGUGAACCGACGCUCUGUGUGAAGUCAAGUCGAAAAACGAUGGAAAUAUAAACCUUUUAAAGUUUAAAACGUGUCUCGUUUAGCGCUAGAGUAACCGCGGGGACGCGUCAGACGCUCCGGAGUAACUUGGGUUCGCGCAACUUGAAGAACAUGGGACUUUAAGUUGUUUUCCACCGGUUCGGGAGUGAGAGUGGGCUGCUUGGAGUCACUUACAAAGACCAUCACGAAGUCAUGACACGGCGAACGUUUCACUUGGAUUUAUCUUCGUAAAACAGGAGGGAAAGACGGUCCACACGAUUUCAGCUCGAAUUACUCGGACCACAAGCGAAGUUUCGCGACAUUUAAUGUAGAUUACUUUGCUUUUUCCGCCGUUUUCAAGUCGCUCUACUUGGAUCAAAGUUUUUCCUUCCCUCCCCCCUCCUCCUCAACUAUGGCGGCGGCCAGGUCCACCACUGGCUCCGUGUUGCUGCGGAUCAUGUGGCUGCUGUGCGGGCUGUCCUCGUCCACUUCUGCUCAAAAUUACAACAGCGAGAGUGGAAUAUCGGUCCCAGAACACGGGUUCUGCCAGCCCAUCUCCAUCCCGCUUUGCACCGACAUCGCCUACAACCAGACCAUCAUGCCGAACCUCCUGGGCCACACGAACCAGGAGGACGCCGGACUCGAAGUGCACCAGUUCUACCCUCUGGUGAAGGUGCAGUGCUCCGCAGAUCUCAAGUUCUUCCUGUGCUCCAUGUACGCGCCCGUCUGCACGGUGCUGGAGCAGGCCAUCCCCCCAUGUCGGUCCCUGUGCGAGCGCGCCCGCCAGGGGUGUGAAGCCCUCAUGAAUAAAUUCGGCUUCCAGUGGCCGGAGCGGCUCCGCUGCGAGGCUUUCCCCGUCCACGGAGCCGGCGAGAUCUGCGUCGGCCAGAACACAUCCGAACCUAGCAGCCCGUCCUCCUCUUCCCCAAACUCGCCCGACCUUGUUACCCUACCGACAAACAUAGGCCGACCCAACCAACGCCCGCCCCAAAACAACCAGUACCACCAGUUCUCGUGCCCUCUGCAGCUGGAAGUGCCGCCCUACCUGGGUUACCGGUUUAUGGGGGUCAACGACUGCGGGGCUCCAUGUGAGCCCACCAAACCAACCGGCAUUAUGUAUUUCCGGGAGGAUGAGGUAAAAUUCGGCCGGCUGUGGGUCGGGAUCUGGUCCAUCUUGUGCUGUGUGAGCACCUUAUUCACAGUGCUCACCUACCUCGUAGACAUGCGGCGGUUCAGGUACCCGGAGAGGCCCAUCAUCUUCUUAUCCGGGUGUUACUUCAUGGUGGCGGUGGCCUACGCAGCUGGGUUUUUCCUGGAGGACAAAGUUGUUUGUGUGGAUAAAUUCAAGGAUGACGGCUACAGAACAGUGGCCCAGGGGACCAAGAAGGAGGGCUGCACCAUCCUCUUCAUGGUCUUGUACUUUUUUGGCAUGGCCAGCUCCAUCUGGUGGGUGAUUUUGUCCCUGACGUGGUUCCUCUCCGCCGGGAUGAAAUGGGGCCAUGAGGCGAUCGAAGCCAACUCCCAGUACUUCCACCUGGCCGCGUGGGCCGUCCCGGCCAUUAAGACCAUCACCAUCCUCGCCAUGGGCCGGGUGGACGGCGACGUGCUGACCGGUGUGUGUUUCGUCGGGAUCUUUAACGUGGACGCGCUCCGCGGCUUCGUCCUGGCGCCGCUUUUUGUCUACCUGUUCAUCGGCACGUCCUUCCUCCUGGCCGGCUUCGUGUCCCUGUUCCGGAUCCGCACCAUCAUGAAGCACGACGGCACCAAGACGGAGAAGCUGGAGAAGCUGAUGGUGCGGAUCGGGGUGUUCAGCGUGCUCUACACGGUGCCGGCCACCAUCGUGAUCGCCUGUUACUUCUACGAGCAGGCCUUCAGGGAGCACUGGCAGCGGACCUGGCACAUGCAGACCUGCAAGCGGUUCGCCGUACCCUGCCCGGUCCAUAACUUCGCCCCCAUGACCCCGGACUUCACCGUGUUCAUGAUAAAAUACCUGAUGACCAUGAUAGUCGGGAUCACCUCGGGUUUCUGGGUCUGGUCCGGGAAGACUCUCCAGUCAUGGCGGCGGUUCUACAAGCGCCUCAGCAACGGCAACCACGGAGAGACGACGGUGUAAAGUUUGGAGGAGGCAAACAAGGCGCCACGCUACGAUUUUUGGAUAUAAUAAGCAUGUAAAUGAGGUCAAAUAGCUUUCAUUUUUAAUACUAUUUUUGGACUUUUUUUUUUCUUCUUUUCUUCAGGUUGUGACUUUUUGUCACAUAACCAAACUUUGAUCUAUAUUCGAUAGAAGUUGGAUGAUUAUUUACUUCUGUUUUGUCAUCAGACAGCACACUCCUGGCUUUUGCAUCUUUUGGAUUAUGAACUGGUUUAAAUGGCCCUACUGGUCCCUGGACUGUAUUGCGUGACUGAUGAGGUUACUUUUGAUAUGAAACUCCCUAUUAUUGAUUAUAUCCUCAAUAUCACAUUUUUAAUGUACUUCCUGUCAACUCUGGUGAUAGUUUCUCACCAUAACAGAAAAGACUGAUGUGUCAAGAAGUGUGGCCUUCUGUCCAUGCUGCAGCGUAGAGGUCAACGGUUUGGCCCCGAGAGCCGCCGCACCCAGACUGUGAAUUCAUUAAUUACAGAUGCCUGGAGUAUACAUUUUAAGUCACUCUGCUUUUAGUUUGAGAUUGAAAUGCUUUAAUAUGUGUGAGAGAAAUUGCAGAGUACAAUCUCGCCUGUUUUAGUCUGAGAAAUAAUCCAUCAACUCAUGACUUUACCUGUCAUGUGGCUGCCCAUAAAUCAAAACUUUUAUUUCAUUUUUACUUUAUUUUUAAAAAUGUUUCCGACUGUUGAGUAUUUGCAUUUGUAUUGAAUGUUCACUCCGAAGGUGAAUGAAGUUAUGUAUUGGUUUGCACAGCUGUCCUAAUGGUUAAAAGUGUUAAAAUGACAGAUUCAAAGAGUUAAAGAGACCACACACACACACACACACACACACACACACAGGCCUCCACUUUCUGCAAUGAAGACACAACAGCUCAUUGUUUGUCUCUGUGUGUGGUCUCUCAACUGUUGGAUUCCUCCAUCAAAAAGACUUUUAAGCUUUUAAGACAUCCGAAGCACCAUUUCAAGUAUACAGAUUUGAUCCACACAGAGUGGAAAUGUUCGCUCGGGAUUCUGAUGUUAUUUUAUCCCGGAUAAAGAUGACUGUACACAUUCACGCUUGUAUUCUUCCCAGUGUAACCCCCCCCCCAUCCCUUAUAUUUUCACUUGAAGUGUUACACGGUUCACAUGCAGACUGAACAUUUAAGAGUUUUCAAUGAAUCAUUUUAUUCUAAGAGUCUGGGCUACGUUACAGAAGCCUUCAAACACAGAUAAACUGCUUUUUUAUUUUCUUUGCGUCUGGAAACAGGUCUCAUGUUUGAUGUUCUAAAUCAUGGAAAUGCCGGGAAGGAGGUCAAAGGUCACAACUGUGUGGGAAGAUUUUUUGGAGACAGAAAGAGAGCAGUGGAGACGCACUGUGCUGUGUUCAGCAGAGGUGGAGGGUACUAUCUGGAACAAAAUCACUGGAGACAAUAUAGCAAUUUAUUACUACAAAAUUGUAAAUGAAAUUGAAGACCCACAUUGCCAGUUUUAAAAUUUCAUUUAAAAAUAAUGAUGUCCUCACUUAACAGUGCCGCAUACAUUAUUGAUAAUAAUGGCAUCAACAUAAAAAAAAGUUACCAGUGAUUUAGUCCCAUGAAUCCUCUUUUGUAUGGAGCACACUGGCUGUUUGAAUUGAUUCAACAGACCAGUUUAUUUCUCGCCCUAAAUAAUAAAAUCAGUCUGAAAUCGUGGGGAAACCUGAGCAGAAAAGCGUGUUUUCAUCCUGACUGAUAUAGCCGCAUAUGUUUGCCAGAAGGUUUUGGUUCUCGUUGUAUAGCACAUGUUCUCUGCAUACGUCACCUGUAAAUGAUGAAUUAAAACAUUGUGCAGCAAUAAGGGUGAACAACAUAAUGGCCUUAUAGACCUGCUAUUUUUGUUAUGCUUAAUCUCUUAAAUUCUGUCCUGAAUCCACACUAAUACUAGAUAUAUAUAUAUCUAUACCCUAAGUACCAAUCUUAUACUGUUAAAGCAGUUUGUAUACAAGAACUGUCACAUUUCCCAUGUGAAUGCACUACAUACCUCAACCCUGGUUAAAGUUAGUAGGUAGUAUUGAGUUAGGAAACAUGUUAACACUCCUUUGUCCGUGUUUUAAGUAAAUUGUGCAAAAGUAUUUGUGGUGGCAUGGGGCGUGGUUAAGCUCACCUGAGUGGCUCAGGGAACAGGUGCAGGGAAGAGGCUUAAUUAGCCUCAGCUGCUUUGGAUCAGGGGUAAUGUGUCUUGCCCCUAUAUCAGGUGUGUUGCAGAGGAAGCAUGGGACUGGCAGUGCAGGAUCAAAAAUAAAGAUCAUUGCCAAACAUCACACAACAUGUACUCAUUCCUUGCUGCUGGGGGGUGGAAACCAGGGGGUUGUGACAGGACGUGUUACAGUGGCCCCCUGAUCCAAAGCAGCUGAGGCUAAUGUUCCCUGAGCCACUCCCCCGCUCCCCCCCUGCAGGUGAGCCUAACCACGCCCCAUGCCACCACAGUAUUCUGUGUAAUUUGCCUUCAGGCAGCAAAAAUCUGUUAGUGUCAAUGAUACCAGACCGAUGUGUUUGUCUUGUACUACGUUUUCAGAAGGAUUAUGAGUGUGCGUGUGUUUUUUUUAAAUGUUUUUUUAUUUUUUAUUGGAACAUAUGCAACCUACCAAGAAAACACAGACUCUGUUUUUAAAGGCAUAUUGUAUUUAUGGGGAUACUCAUUUUUGUCUUUUUCACUUGUUUUUUAAUGAGAUAAGCCUGUUGUAUGUGUACAGUUUGAAUAAAAAUGAUAC